AUGCCUCCCCCUCCACCACCACCUCCCCCGCCGCCCCCUGGUGGUGGUCCUCCUCCGCCUCCGCCGCCAGCAGGGAAUCUCCCAGCAAGACCCCCGGGGGGUGGGAAAGAUAGGGGCGCGCUACUCUCAGAUAUCUCAAAAGGCACGAAGCUGAAGAAGGCUGUUACCAAUGACAGAUCGGCACCGCAGCUAGCGGGUGGGGGCGUCAAAUCGUCAGGGCCUCCGCUCGGGGCCGCGCCUCCUGUUCCUGGAAUGGCGAAGCCUCCCGGUGGUCUUGCACCCCCGGUCCCCGGACAGGGCGCGAAUCGGGCACGAAGUAGCAGUGAUGUAGGGCCGGGGAGCGAUAGCAGUACGGCAGCCCCAGCUGCCCCUCAACUUGCCGGACUCUUUGCGGGAGGAAUGCCCAAGCUUCGCAGUCGAGGAGGUGUUGAUACCGGGGCCAACCGGGAUGCAUCCCCAUACCUGUCGGAUUCAGAAACGUCGCGGGUGCCCAAGCCGCCUGUUGCCUCAGCGCCGAGAAUCCCCGCCGUUCGCCCACCGCCGCCGCCUUCUACAGAAGCACCGCCAGCUCCGCCUGUCAAUCCGUUGGUUGCGAAUCUGAAGAGACCUCCUCCACGGCCGGGAUCGAGGCCAUCCUCCACGGCAUCCAAUAUCUCGGCUAAAUCAGCACCUGAAGCUCCGCCGCCACGCGCACCCCCGCCAUUGCCAGGUUCAUCGAAGCCACCAGUCGCAUUGCGAAAACCCUCGGCUCCCGCUCCACCACCUCCUCCUCCCCCGUCCGCUAGUCCGGCUGCACCACCACCUCCUCCACCUGCAGCGGCCGCGCCUCGACCGCCUCCACCACCACCUACGCGAUCCACACCACCACCUCCUCCAUCUGCUCCAGCUCCGCCGCCACUUCCAAAUGGAGCGCCGCCGGCAUCGCUAGCUGUUCAAGCUGCGCGAAAUGCUCUUGGACACAGCAAUCAGACCCCCUCGGCACCUCCGCCUCCUCCACCGGUUGCCUCGGCGCCAUCUGCCCCUCCCCCACCUCCUCCAUCUGCUCCCCCGUCCUUGCCCCCGUCCGCACCCCCUAGCGAACCACCAUCGCGGCCAUAUUCCUAUGAAACUCACUCAAGCCAUAUCCCGGACCGUUCAAGUCUGGCCCCUAGCGCUUAUACUCUUUCCAACGGUGGUUCAACACCGGGCUCAAGUGCCACUAGCCUAGGCGCACACGGGAGUACCCGGAUCGAAGAUACCCGAUUCAAGUUCCAGAACGAGGGGCUACUACCGAAACCACGGCCGUUUGUGGGCGGCACCAAACGAUACCGGGCCGGCAGGGGAAGCAGUGUGCCGUUGGAUCUCAGCGCACUAGGCGGCUGA